AUGUGGACCCAACUGCUGCUCCUCUUGGCACUCGCUCCAUUUCACUGGGGCUACGCCCGGACAGCCGCCUCAUCGCUGGACGAGCUACUGGCGGAGCCGCUGCGCCGGAUACCCUAUCUGCACGUGCUGCUGCGCCAGGGACGACAGCUACAGGAGGAUGCCCGCAACAGCGACGCCAUGUGGUUCAUGCAGCUCACGGAUGUGCCGCACAUCUUGCACAGCUACGACGAGCGCCGGCCUCUGGAGCUGGACAGCAGGCUGGCUGAGUUGGAUAAGCGCGCCUCCCUGGUGCUGGUGGUCAGCCUGGCGCAGCUGGUCGCCGGCAGCGGCGCCGUCAGCUCGGCGGAUCGUGCCGGCGUCUACUUCUACAUUGUGGCCGAUGUGCCGGACAGCCUGAGCCGCGAGCAGCAGCUGCAGCUGGAGCAGAGCAGCCGCCGGCUGUGGACCCAGCACAGGGUCUUCAAUAGGUACAUUCUGGUGGCUGGCGAUGUUUGGAUCUAUGAUCCAUUUGCGGGCGAGUGGGAUGGCAAUGUGAUGGGCUACGACGAGGCCUUCGGUCGCCUCAUCCCCUAUGCGGGCGGUGAGCCCCUCUCCACUCAAUUGUUUCACGACAUGCGCGGCUAUCCGCUGCGUGUGCAGAUCUUCAAGUCGGUCUAUUCCCGGCCGCAGCUGGACCCGGAGACGGGUCUCCUGCGCAGCAUCACGGGCGUCGACUGGGAGGUGGCGCUGGUGAUAGCCGAGGCGCUGAACUUUACGAUGCUGCUCCAGCAGCCGGACAAGAACUACUUUGGCGAGCGCAGUGCGAAUGGCAGCUACAAUGGCGCCAUCGGCUCGAUACUGAACGACGGCCUGGACGUCUGCCUGACGGGCUUCUUUGUCAAGGACUAUCUGGUGCAGGAGUACAUGGACUUCACGGUGGCCGUCUACGAUGAUCAGCUGUGCAUCUAUGCGCCCAAGGCCAGCCGCAUUCCACAGUCGAUUCUGCCCAUCUUUGCGGUUGGCUACGACAUCUGGCUGGGCUUCAUCCUGAUGGCGUUCGUGUGCGCCUUCAUCUGGCUGCUGCUGCGCAUCCUCAAUCUGCGGCUGCACAUCAUCAGCGCCCAGAGCCGACGGCUCUGGCAGCAGGCGCUGGGCAUUUUGGUGGACACGUGGGUGGUGUGGGUGCGCGUGAAUCUGAGCCACUUGCCGGAGAGCUAUGCGGAGCGCAUGUUCAUUGGCUCGCUGUGCCUGGUGAGCGUCAUUUUCGGCGCCAUAUUCGAGUCCAGCCUGUCGACCGUCUACAUCCAUCCGCUGCACUACAAGGACAUUCUAACGCUGCAGGAUCUGGACGACAGCGGACUGAAGGUCGUCUACAAGUACACGUCCAUGGCGGAUGACUUGUUCUUUAGCGAAACGUCGCCGCUGUACGCCAGCCUCAAUAAGAAGCUGUGGUGGAACCGGGAUCUCAAUGCGGACGUCACCAAGGAGGUGGCCACUGUGGGCGGCAAGGCAAGCGUCUCCCGGUACUCCUCGCUGAUGAUGGAAUCGGUCAACUUCCUGCUGAUGCGCCGCAUUUGGAUUGUGCCCGAGUGCCCCAAGUACUACACCAUCUCCUAUGUCCUGCCCAGAGAUGCGCCCUGGGAGGAGGCAAUCAAUGCCCAGCUGCUGCGCAUGCUCAACGCUGGCCUCAUCCCCAAAUGGAUCCAGGACCAAAAGUUCCGGGUGACCGUCACGACACGCAAGGCGCUCAACGAGCAGGCCGAGGCUACCGAGGUGCGCGUCCUGACCAUCGGCGACCUCCAGCUGGCCUUCUAUGUGGUCAUCGUGGGCACUCUGCUUGCCUCAGUCGCCUUUCUGGCCGAGCACGUCUUCUUCAGACGCCGUGUGCGGCAAGCCACCAAGAAACUCUAG